UUUUUAUUUCUCCAAAAAACAACGGAGAAAAAAAAAAAAAAAAGAAGCUGCUGCUGCUUCUUCUUCUUCUUCGAGUUCGAGCUUCAACUCGAUGGAAUCGGUAGCGGUGGACGAUUCGUAUCGGGUGCUACCAUCGGUCUACCUGGGGUUUCUCGGGCUCUGGUGCUUCUCUGCUCUCUAUUGGACUCUUAACACUUGGAAGAAUCGCAAUCUUCAGGUGAGCAAGUUACAAUGGAUGAUGGCUUCUGUGCCGUUAAUCAAAACUCUGCAAUUGGUACUAUCAUUUGCGUUCUGGUAUUCAUGCACAAAUUUUCAGAUAUGCUCUUUAUGGAUUUCAUUUGGAGUUUAUGUAACUGGAAUACUUUUCCAAACUUCCUCUUUAGUGUCAUUUCUGCUCAUAUCACAUGGUUACUGUAUCAUGUAUGAGCGUAUGUCGCUAGCUGAGAGGCGUAAGACUGCUGGAUUAGCUUGUAUCGUCUACUUGACUCUUGUUGGUUAUAAAGCUGCUGUCCCUUACUUCACAGUACUCAUGCUGCUGAACUAUUUUUUAUCUUUUUAUGUGAUUUUCCGUUACAUCUCCCAGAAUCUUUUCAUCCUGCGUGAGCAGUUAAAUUCUAUAGACCAUGGGGAUAUGCAGACGAUGCAUGGUGCUCUACGUACCAAGUACAUUAUGUUCAAGAAAUUUCAAGGAGCUAUGCAGAUUGUAGCUGUGGUUGAAAUUCUGGUCUAUAUGAAUGCUGAUGCGAGACCAGAGAGUUAUUGGUUCCGGUUGUUGGUUAGAGAAUGGGCACAAUUCUGCAUAUUUUUGUACAUUGGGUGGACAUUUAGAACAAAGGAAGCAUUGCCAAAUUUCCCUGUAAUCCCUACCAUGAAACUCAAAUGGGAGAAUACGGUGCCCCCUAUAUACAGCAUGGAAAUGGAUGCAGCUGAUUUCAACAACUUGACAUCACAAGAAUGGCAUGUUGGGGUGCCAACUUCUUUUCCUUCUCCCCACUGCAAAAACUCUGUAGAUCCGUUACUCGUCAUAGUUCAACACCCUCAUGCAACAAGCCGAGGUACAUCAGAAGCUCUCAUCAGACAAAAGCUAUCUAUAUCUAGGACUACUACUGCUAUCGAAAAAUUUCCUCGCAAUGUUGAUCAUGUUUAACAUAGAGGAGAUGAAUGGCAAUAGCAAUUGAUCGAUCGGUCACCACUCGGGUGAUUCAGGAGCUGCUCCAAGAGACUAAGAGUAGGAAAAUCUUCCUGGUUUAGCAUCCAUGCUUGCUAUAUUUUUUCUUACCUCACCACAUUAAGGAAAGACUAGAAAGUUUAUAGUUAUUUAAACAGUAUAAUCUGUGAAUAAUAUGCUUCAGUCUAUGGAAUUAUUAUACCUGACGUGCCUUCUUUC